AUGACGCUGGGCCUAGAGCGAGAGGACCCCUACGAUCCCCUUGGCAGCGCCCUGGCUGUGAGAUGGGUGCAAGGAUUCCCUAAGCAGAAUGUUCAGUUUAUCAACAAUGAAACCAUUUGCUAUCCUUCUGGGAAUUACAUAAUCUUUCUUAAUAUUCAAACCAAGGAAAAGAUGGCACUCCAGUGUCCGAGUGGAAUUGUGGGCGUCAUGGCAACUAACAGUCCCUGUGAAGUUGUGGCUUUUUCAGAUCGAAAGCUAAACCCCCUCAUCCACAUAUACAACUUCCCUGGACUGACCAAAAACACCGUAUUAAAAGGCAAUGUGCUUCUGGACUACACUUUACUCACCUUCAGCCACUGUGGUACAUACUUGGCCAGUUAUUCCUCUCUCCCAGAAUACGAACUAGCUCUCUGGAAUUGGGAAGCCCAGGUGAUUUUGUGCAAGAAGUCACAGCAGGGUGUCGAUGUGAACCAGAUGACUUUCAACCCCAUGAACUGGCACCAGCUGUGUUUAUCGAAUUCAAAUAUGGUGACUGUGUGGACCGUUGAGAGAAGUAGCAAUGAACAUCACCUCAGAGUCAAGUUGGUGCAACUACCCGCAGAAGAUGGGUCCAUUUUAGAGGAAACAGACAGCAUUUUUUCCCACCCACAGCUCAAGGAUCGUAUCUAUGGACCUGUGCUCCCUGUGUCAGCCAUUGCUGGGCUAGUGGGUGAAGAAGCAGAAACUUUCAGGCCAAAAGAUGAUCUCUGUCCUUUGCUACACCCAACUAUACACUGCUGGACUUCAUCCAAUGACCUGUAUGUCGGCUGUGAGGAGGGUUAUCUUUUGAUGGUUAACGGGGAAACUUUGAAGGUUACUGUGCUUAAUAAAACAGAAGAACCAGAAUCCUCGGACAGAAGAAAUAUUGUCAGUCCAAUCACCUUGGUGUAUCAGAAAGAAGGAGUAAUUGCUUCUGGAAUAGAUGGCUUCGUGUACUCUUUUAUUAUUAAAGAUUCCAGUUACAAAGUGCAGGAUUUUGUUGAGGUGGACGAGCCUGUGGAGCAUCUGAUAUUUUCUCCCAAUUAUAAGACGUUGCUGAUUCAAACGCAGAAGGGCUCUGUUCAUACAUACACUUUCGGAGAGAAGCCAGCCUUUGUUAAAACCUUAGAUGCUUACAAUGGGAACAUUCAGGCUGUUGAUUUUAUUACACCUGGAGACAGUUAUUUCAUGACACUCACUGAUUUAGGGGAAGUUGGUAUUUGGUGGUUGGAAGAUGGUUCUCCUGUCAGCAAGAUUUCUCUUAGUAUCCAGCCGACAGUUCUGGUUUGCUCCCCUUCCUCACUCUCUGCUGCCGUGGGGUCCACGGAUGGCUCCGUCUACUUCCUGGAUGUCUCCCACGUCAGCCACCCUCGGGAAGUUCACAAGACCUUUCUUUCCGAAGCUUCUGUGACAGAGGUGGUCUAUGACCAGCGAGGGCAAUAUCUAUUCGUGGGAACAUCAGAGGGCUACGUGUUUGUUGUCAACGCCUUGCCUUCAAGCUCAUUUGAGAUUUUUGGAUUCACAGAGGUGAGCAAAGGCAUUUCCCAAAUAUCCACAGUGUCAAUCAUAGAAAGUGACAUAGUGGAAGUGAUGGUGCUAUCCUCGCUUCCAGAAACAGGAAGAAGCAGGCUGGAAAUGUUUACUCUGCCUACGGUGCUGCCAAAAGUUUCUUCAGCCUUUACUGACGAGAGAGGGAGGCUGAAAGAUGAAUUCAUCCACAAGUUCCUAUAUGAGAUCGAGCAUGUUCUGUCCUCUGCAGUCUUGGACUUUCAAAGCCGCCAGAUUUUUGGCCUCUGUACCCAAUGGCCAUUCAUCUGUAGCUAUGUGAUUCCUCUACAAGAACAUGUUGGUAUUUGUGUUCUUAAACCAUUUCGAAAACUGCAAAGUCGACUCUAUGGGCCUGGAAAGGUGUCUCUGUCUUCUCAUGGAAUGUGGCUCUUAGCAACAGCGAAAUGUGGGACUCUGUGCAUCCUGGAUGCUCUUUCUUUGGACACACUUGGUUACUGUCGGAGCCAUUCUUACCAGGCACAAGGAAUUCAGGCAGUGAAGAUCUCAAUGGAUGGACAGGACAUCCUGUUGAACGGGAGGACCGACGGCACUCUUGUUUGUCUGAAAUGGAAGCAAUUUGUAGGAGCCUUAGCCACCAACAGUCUCGACUACUACCUGAAGCUGUUAACGUUUUUGAGUGAAACCAUAGAAGAGGAGAGCACCUGUUUAAGUGGAAUGCAAAAAACCACCGCAGAGGUGGAACCAGAGGUCCCACACAGUGAAAGGCAGCUAAGCAUGGACUUCUCACAGGAGGAGCUAGAGCCAGUCGAGAACACGAAGGAAAUUUCCUGGAUACAAGCAAAAAGUAAAGCGGCCAUCAAAAAAGAGGUCCAGAAGUUCUCCAAGAAAAGGAGAGAGAUAAAAAAUGGCAUCAGAGCGCUUGCUAAAACAAUUCUGAGUAUGAUGGAAGAAAAUGAAACACUCAACUACAUUGCAAAGUUAGAUCAACAGGAAUUUAGCCUGGACGUUGAGGAGUUGGAGAAACUUCAUGAUGAAAGCGAGGAAGAGGUGGCAAAGAUAAGAAAUGAUACAGAGAUGGAUAACCUAGCCAAGAGAUAUUUGACUGAACUGAUCAAAAAAGAAUGCUGGGAUUCAAUGGCUGUGAAAGGUUGUGCUCUUAAGUGCUUCCACAUACCCUGCACAGUGGAAAACUUCCCCAUGAAAGAACGCACUGAUGAGGAGCUGAAGGAACUGGAGAGUGUUAUGUGCCAAAAGAAGAUUGAAGCGGAGUGUUUGAAAAUAAGGAAGGAGGUUGUAGAAGUUCAGGCUACAGUUUCUGUAAAUAAAAAACAUGAAGAAGAUGAAGAAGAGGAAGAUGAAAAUGUAGGAGUAAAAGAUACCAGCUUGCCCAAUUACCUGCUUGGCAGUCUCAGUACUGAUUUUGGAGUGGAUACCUCUCUCUUGUCGGACCAGUUGGCACUUCAUACGAGACAGGAGAAAAUCAACCAAAUUAUAUUACUGAAGGAUAUCAUCUACAAGGUCAAAACUGUUUUUAAUAAUGAGUUUAAUGCUGCAUAUAAGCAAAAGGAGUUUGAAAUUGCACGUGUGAGGGACAGGAAUGUAAGACUUCAGGAAAUUAUCUCAGAUCUGCAGGUGGAAGAAACAGUCUGGCAACCAGAAUUUGAAGACUGUGAGAAGCCAGAGAGAACCCUGGAGGUGGACAAUGAAGAGGUACUGGCUGGCAAGUAUGUAAGACCAUGGAGAAAGGCCAAAGAGAAACUGGUUAUGUCCCACAAAACGGAGCAGUGGCUCACCUUUCAGAACUCCAACAUAAGACAACGAGCCCUGAUGGACAUGAUGGGAGGUGUUCUGGAAGUCAAGAAGGAAGAUAUCUUAAGAAUGGUGAUUCCUCAACCUGCUUUCAUGGCGAAACCUGAUGCUUUAUGGUCUGAAGAAGAAAGGAAACAAUUCAGAGACUAUGAAAAGAAAGUCAAGGAGUUAAAUGAAGAGAGAGAUAAGUAUAGAAAGUCAUUAGAGGCAGAAAUGAAGAAACUUCAAAACAGUAUUCUAGAAAGUACCCAGGCCUUUGAUGAACAUUUGAAAAGACUCUUUAGCAGAAGAAUGAAGGCAGAGAUGGUUGUCAACCAGGAAGAACUGAAAAUAAAUAACCUUCUUUUCUCAUUACUGUUGGAUGAAGAAUUAAGCACCAGAGAACUGUGCCUGAACAACUAUCUUGCGAGGAAGCAGGAGGAAAAAGUCCAGACCACAGAGGCUAUCAAGAAAGCCAAGGAAGAGCUUGACAUUUACAAGGAGCACUAUGACAACUUACUGGCAGAAGACAAAGUUUUAGAUCGAAGCUUUAGAAAGGAGUUCCCUGAAAUUCCCCCACAGCAGGUGGAUCUACUCUACAAACUUUUUAAACGCCGGCCAAGGUUUCAAAAAAUGAAAAUGCAGCAGGAUACCACCAGUCUUGUCCCUUUUGGAGACCAACCAGGAUCUGACAGAUUGAAUAAGGAAGCCUUUGCAUAUUUAAUGAAAGCCAUGGAUGAGUUGGAUAAUAUCAGUAACAUGCCAGAAGGAAUGGAUGAGGCGAUCUGGGAACAUUUCUGCUUGACAAGACGAGCGAAAGUGGAAAAUGAACAGAAAGUAAAACAGAAAGCAGCUGGCUUAGUGGAAAUGCUGGCUUUUGUCCGGAAAAGAGUUGAGGAGGACGAAAAGGUGCAACAGAACAUCGAAAAAGUGUUCCACGAACUCAUCUUAUUACAGGAGGAGAAGAUAGAAUUCCAGUUAGACUUGACCAUCCAACUUCUCCUUAAACAAGGACAAGUAGAACUGGAGAAUUUCCAGCUAAUUCUAGAAUAUUCUGAUGCAAUUCUCAUCAACAAGAACAUAAUUGAAGACUUAAAUUCUGUGAUUCGGACUCAAGGACAAAAGAAAGUUGCUAGCAUGAUGGAAAGUAAAAAUGUCCACAAAGGAAUAUAUCAGAUCGAAUGGGAACAUAAGAAAAUGGAGAUGGAAAUGGAAGAUCUAAACCAGAAAGCAUGGGAUAUUCAGAUGCUAUUUUUUUCAAGAGAUCGUCAAAAGUUCCUAAAUGAACCGCACUAUGAGACCAUGAUAGCUAUUCAAAUUGGAAUAAUGGAGCAAACUAUUGCUGUUUUGGAAAAGACUCACAAGAAAAAUGUGGACAACUGCAAAAAACUACUCAAAAAACUGGGAAGAUACAGCAACCUGAAAGAUGUGGCAAAUUACCAUCUAAGCUGCAGUUUACGAGAAGAGUUGGUGGCUAUCUCAGAGAGAAGAGACAUUUGUAAUGCAAUUGGAUCUAAACUGACUUGUGAACAGAUCGCCAGAGAAAAAUAUGAUAACAUGAUGCAACAACAAAAAUUAACAAAUAUUUCAAAACAACAAGCUGAGCAAAUUUUGAUUCUGCAGGCCGAAGUUGAAAGACUAAGGAUGAAAACCUUUCCUGCUCUUAUUCAUCUAUAA